CACAACCGCGAGCUUACCCUGCGGAGGUAUCUGCUCCUACAAGAGGAGCACGAGACCAUCCGCCGGCACCUCGACGAGCUCUCCGCCACCAUAUCCUCCGGUACCACCACCAACACCACGACAUCACCAGCGCUCAGCCCGACCCGACCUGGGCACAAAAGGCUCGACUCAGCGGCGCGUAGGGCCAGCAUGCCCCAGUUCAACCUGGAUGCCGCGGCGGUGGAUCCCAUGAUGCUCGCAGAGGUGGCCAGUGAAGAGGCCAAGCUGUGCAGUAUCAACGAGGGCAUCAAGCGGUCGCUCACUGAGCUGUUGAAUUGCGAGACGGUGCGAUGUGACCAGGCCCUCCGCCAAUGGAUCAUGGCCCGCCUUCUGGAGGUCGAGAAGGAGUUACGGGUCGGGCGGCGGAGGAGGAGCUGCCCU